AUGACAAAGUCUGAACCAGACUCGUUACUUCAGCUUGGCGAACCUGGUGGCGGUGUUCAACUGAAGCAUUUGCCUAACUUGACUGAAGUUUCGAGUGAUACUCUAGAAGACCCUUUGAAGAAGAUCCUUGAGAAGGCGAUAGCAGUCCAACUGAAAGCUAUCAACAGCAAUGUCUGCGUUUCACAGCUGGCCUUUGAAAAUCUGAUUCUGCUCGUAGAAGAAGCACUUUCUGGCAUGUUGGUUGACUUGCACAAGGUUGCAAACAUUCAAAGACGACAUUGUAUAUCGAAAAAAGACUUGCUACUGGUGAUAGAAGGGUACAAUCUGACAUGCGCUGAUCUCAUGGUUGAAUACGAAAGAUCUCGUUUUGUGAGGUCCCGGUGUCUGGACAAUGUUGAAAAGGUUGGAAAGGAUGGUAAAGAAGUUUUGCAUAAAGAAAGAAGUGCAGCAACGAAAGAAGAGCUCCUGCGCUCGUCACACCCCGAAUUUUUUGAUAAAGGCAAAGGAAUCUUGAAGCUAGUUCCUCCAUCGGUAAAAGAAGCGAAACAUGUACCCAAAUGGCUGCCCGAAUUCCCGCCAGAUCACACCUACAGAUUCACAUCGCUGUACAAUAAAUCCAUAACUGACGAGAGGCAAAUGAAAAGAAAGCUAGCAGAGGAGUCAAAUUUGUCGGAGAAAGCACUGAUCAACUUCUCACGUCUCAGCAACGAAGAGUCUCAUCUCAAUGUGACAGACACCAAUGAUCUUUUCCGCAAAAGCCAGGAAGAGACUCAACUGAUUUUUAAACAGGUCAAAAAACCGCGCGCUGCAAGUGUUAAUAAAGUAGAUGACUUGCUAAGGACGCUACCCCAAGACCACUACAAUGUAGAAGAAUAUGCUCGAAAUAGGGUCGAGAUCACUAGACGACGUGUCAAGGAACAUGAAAGGCGUCAAUUACAGAUUCAAAAAGGGCCGUUCAUGAGAGCAACUCAGCUCCUAUCUCCUUUCGCGAAACAGCGAGUGAACUGCAAAGUAGCAGAAAAAGAUCUACGAGCCCUUUUACACCGGAGCUACAUUGGUUUGUUGAAAACAGCACCAUUGGUGAGGGAGCAAAGAAAGCGCGAGAUAGCAGCAGCAGAACAGAGAAGAAUUGAACGAGAAGAACAAGCAAAGAGAGAAAGAGAGGAGCGGAACAAAAUGUCAAAAGAAUUCGAUGAGCUGGACUUGGACAAUUUGCACGAAGACCCUUUCUUCGGUGGUUUGGGAAGUAGCGAUAGUGAAAACGAGCCUGAAGAACCUGAGAAAGACAAAGAAACACUAGCACAGAAUAAAGAGCUGCCUGAUGGGGGUGCGCCGCGAUCCGAAACUUCAUUAGGAGCCCCUUAUGGUAAAAAUCAUCAACCAGACGCUAAACCCCCAAAUCUUGGCAUAAACAUACCGGACGCUGUCAGUGGAGAGCAAAUUCCAAAGGACCAUAAAAAUGGCAGCGACAAAGAGAGCGAGAAGGAUGACUUAGCCGUUAACGAUAAUAUCGCAAAUUCUUCCUCAGGACCUGACGUGAACGGGAAACAAGAGGGAAGCAUAUCUUCGCCUACCCAGGAUCUCCGUGAAGGUUCCAAGGAUGAAGACACCUCCGAUGGACAUAAAACUACUACCGCGGAAGGCGAAGACACAUAG